CGCGCUAAAUUGGAGACUCCGGCGCAUGUUGUCACAUGGUUUCUGCGUUCGGAACGUUUUCAUAGCUGUGAACUAGAUAUGAAGGUCGAGGGAAAUGCCCGUCGUGGAAAGAAGAAAGGCCUUCGUUCUCUUGGAACCAGGAAAGAAGGUAGCCUUCAGAGCACAGACCUGGUUGUAACUGUGCCGAAUGAAGAUAGUAACUCAUCUCGCUUUAAACCGCCUGUUACUGCGCGUCAGACUCGAAAGAUUGUAAUCAACCGCAAAACCGCAGAAUCUACUGAGCUGGAUAACGUUACAGUUAAGUCUCUGGAUGAAAUUAUGCGCGAAAAGCAGGAACGAAUGAAGAGGACUUCCACGGACACUGCUACAAAUGCAUCUCAUGAUCUAGACCACGAUGCUGUGAAUGAUGAGGUCUCUGCCAGCAGCUCUCCAAAUGCCAUUGACUCAGCAGAUAAUGUUCUUAAUGGGGCAGAAAUUGUGGCGAGUAGCACACAUGAAUCAGCUGUUAGCACCUUGAGCACUAAAACAAAAUCAAGCGCUUUGUCUGGCCAUCCAUUGUGUGCGGUAAAACCCAGACCACCGCUUAAAAAGUUGACAGUUCCCAUCAAAGCAUUACCAGGGUCACUGUCACCAAUGGAAAAUAAAACUUUGUCAGCCAAGCAUCCAUACAGUGUGGCAUCCUUCAGCUCCAAGCAAAGUUCAGAGAUGGAUUUUGAUGGCUUACUCAAUAAUAAUGACGAUGAUGAAGUUGACAGUUGUUAUGAUGAGGACAUCUUGCUUGAAGAUAAUGAAGAUGAAAUGCACCAAGAUUCCCCAAAGACUCAUAAUUACCCCCAUAAUGAUGAGGCAACAUUCCACCCUUAUAUGGAUUAUAGUGAUGUACCACAUAAGCAAGACAAUGCUGAGGAGGAAGAAGAAGAUGAUGAAAUAUCACUGCAUCCUGAUGAUUCCUUAUUUGAUGAAGAAGAUGACCUGGGAGUGAACAGUGAUGGAAUCAGAACAAGGGGUUCUGUAAAAAGAGCUGGAAGUGAAUCAAGAGAUCGAAGACUGCCAACAAAUGGCACGAAACAGAAACAGUCACAAGGAAGUUCAAGUAGCCCAGUGAAAACUAAAGAAGAACUACAGACUGAUGAAACUCAAGAGCAAGAUAAGAAUAAAGAGGCUGACAAAGAAAGGUCCCAACACGAACAAGUUUCGCCUAGAUCACGACACAGAACUAACUGGUCAUCUACUUGCAAAAAGGAUGGCAGAAGGACCAAGAGGCCUUCAGCAGGAAGGGGUGUAACGGGUGUAAGGAAAGCUGGAGACAGUUUUUCAAGAAGAGGUGGAUGCCGAUCCAGGCUGGGCCCAAGAAGAGAGAGGAGUGUUGGUGUGAGUGGACCAGUUCAACCAGUGCUUGGGGUGCCAGGUAUACCUUUGUUCAAUACUGGGGAUGGACUCCUCCCUCUCCCAGGGACAGAGCUAAUGUCUCCUGUUCUACAACCCAUUUGGCAAGCUCAAGCCCAACUAGAUGCAGCCAUGAAAGAUAAUAUAGCAAAAACUGUUGAAAUGUUGGUAAAUCCCCCACCAGUUCCAGGUGAAAAUGUGCCAGAGUAUAACAGCCAUGGUCCUCCAGUGCAACACGCCUCUCGCGCUUCUCAAGAAAGUGGCAAAUUACCUCAGCGACAUCAGUCCAAGAGAUCUCACAACAGUGGCCAAGAUGCCAAUCAUAACAGAGUGUCUGAAAACUCCAUGUGUGAAUCACGACUUCAGCCGAAAAGGGCGUCAGAUAGGCUGUCACCCAGGUGGUUUGAACGAAUGAAGGAUAAUUCGCGCAGCACAAAUGAGCAGCUGAGUUUAAGUGAUGGGAUGACAAGUCAAUUUCGUCCAGUUGCAAGGACAAGAGAAGUAUUAAAGAGUGAGUCUACCCCUCAUGCUGCCGAAGCUUCAUAUCAACACAAUGCUGUGCUAGGUGAUAAUCAGAACAAUGCCAGUAACAGAUCAAUAACUGAAGUAGAGAAAGCAAGACUAGCUGUUUUAAGACCAACCCACUCUCCAUCAAUGCCAGAUUCAGAUUCAGAUUCACAAACAUCAAGUAAGAGGAAAAGUCCUUUCCAUGGUGAAGAAACAUUGCAUGGACGAAAGGUUUUGGUGACAACAAGCCCUGACGGGUUGCCACAGCCAAAUCUUGCAAAAUCAGGAACAAGGAAACCUUAUCCUAAAGGUUACUGUUUUGAGCAACUGAACACUGGAAAAUGCAAGAAACCAAAAUGUAAAUACAAGCACAUGGAUUAUAAUCAGCUUCAAGAGGUCCAAUGGGUGCCACAGGUGGCAAUCACAAGCAGUCAAGGGAAUGAUUUAGAAGAGCUACCCACUGUUCAAACAGAGGAAGCUGAAGAGGAAGUUCCUGUGGCAUCCUACAACUUAAUUGCAGACCAGCUGACAAAUAACAAUUUACAUGUUGCUUGGCAAAUGGUCGAGAAACUGCAGAGAACAAACAGACCUGACCUGGAUUUGGUGAGACAGAUCCUUGCCAUGUGUAGUAAACACCUAGAAGAACCUGACAUUGCUGCCCAGGUUGCCCAUAAGGCGUUUGAUACCAUCAAGAGAGUAAGUGGACAGCAUCAUCGUCACGACUACACUGAACUCAUCAGAACAUUGUGUCAUGCAGGACAAUAUAUCAGAGCUUAUGAGAUGCUUGAUGUCAUGAAAAGGAGUAACCACAUGCCAACAUAUGAAGUAUUUCUCGAUUUGAUCCAAGCUUCUGCCAAAGACCCUGAAUGGGCUUUUAAUUUGUUGCAUGAGAUCAAGCAGUCAGGAUUACUCAAGUCAGGGAUCUGCAAUGAUCUCAUACUUCUUGGCUGUAAGAGUGGAGAACACUUUGUUCAGAAGACCUGGUUACUCUUUCAGGAAGCGUUGCAGUGUAAAGUACAACUUUCAAGUGAUGCUGUUUCUGCAAUGCUCCACACUCUGUCACAAGUGAAUGACUGGGAGAAGAUUAUGUUGGUACUUCCAGUAUUCCCACUAGCAACACCAGCAGUAGUUUUGAAAGGAGCUGUGAUGACUGCACUUCAGAAACCAGAAUGGAUUGAAGUGGUCACUAGGGCACUUGGAGUGACUCCAGCGAGAACCCUGGUUGAACUUGGAUCUGAUGUUUGGAAUUCACUUUUGGAGGCUUGUUGUCUUGAACAAGGUGGCAAUGUUUCAUUUGCUCAGAACGUCUGUUCCUUGAUGCUCCAGAAUGGAAUACCUCUUGAACCACAGUCCACUGAUAACUGUAUGAGUGCAUUAUGUGGUGUCAACAAGUGGAUUGCAGCCUUGGAGCUCUUCAACAAGGUUAAGGACGAUCCAAAAGUCCUUGAACAGCCUCAUGCUAUUGCAAGUGGUUUGGUUGCACUCUCAACAGCUUUAUGUAAGGCUGGGGACUCAGCCAGUAUGCUUACUGUACUCCACUUUAUGUUGGAGUCUUGGAUCAAACCUGAAGACAGUGUGCUGCAGUCUGCCAUUGAAAUACUUGACAAAGAGAAGAACUAUAGAGGUGUUCUGCAGCUCUUUCAUCAGCUUGAGGCUGCCAAAAUUGUACUUCCAGUGAAUGUGUAUAAACAGAUGAUUUCAUCUUUGGAGAAGUGGGUGGAAAAUCCUGUCGCCUCUAUUCAGCCCUAUGCUGUUAUGAGACAUAUUUACCUUGCAAAACAUUCAGAAAGCAAUGGCAAUGAAGAUGUUCCCAGUUUGAACAGUUCGAAAGCCGAGAGUCUCAGUUUUAGCAGGGAGUGCCGUUACUUCAGUACUCCUCAAGGCUGCCGUAAUGGUGACAAUUGUCAGUUUAUUCACUAUUCACAGGGAAAUGUGAAUUCAGCCUCUCAAGGAGGAAUUACUGGACAGAACAAUAAAGCAGUAAACCAUACCCAACCAGGUAACCCUUUUGUGUACAGGGAUCCAUGUACGUUUCCUGCUCAGGCAAUUGGAACAGAUUUGUUUGGGCCUGUACAUCAUCAGCAGCACACUGCACCAAGAAUUACUCCAACAAAGGAGGGGCUUCAUUUAGGUGGACCGUUUUCCUCUAAGCGAUUGGGCCCUCCUGUGGUCAGCACAACAAUUGAAAAUGCGGCUAGCAAUUUCCAACUUGCAGCCACAAACCAGUUUACUGGAACAAAUCCCUUUUCCCCCUGCCUAUCAGGAAGGACUCGCAGCAUGGAUGGCAUCAUUAAUAGCUCAAGUACAGACCAACAUAAUCACCAAACACGCUCUGCCCCUGUUAUACCUGAAGUCUCACCUGCCAGUUACUUUCAGUAUCCUUCAAAGAAGAGUCUCCAGUUUUACCUGCCAAGGAUCAAGCAUGCCAGUGAACAGAAUAGCUGGGAAGACCUAGGCUCUGUUUAUGUGGCAAUGAAGAAUGAAGAUGUCGAUGUUGACCUUGGCGUCUUAUUAAAAGUCUUUUUCGAAUCAUUUGAAGUAAACUCUGUUCAGACUGUGGGAGAAAACUUUGGAAAAUUUUGUGAUAAGAUACACCAACACCUCAAACAAACAGUGCCAAGCUCUGAACCCGACAGUAGUCCAAGUGCUUCCUUAGACGAUGAUGACAAACGCUUCAUUGGUGAGUUAGGAGUGGCAAUAAUGUACUUGACGUACAUCAAGCAACUUUUUGAUCAAGGGUACUCCGUGUUGCAUGUUUUACACAACUUUAGCAUAAACUAUGCGAUGUACACAGGGGAAUUUGGAGUACAAAAAAAGCCUUUAACUUCAUGCCAAGUGGCUCUUACAGCAGCAGACAUUUGCCUUAGUAUAAGUCAGCCUUUGCAUAGCAGUGCCUUGGAAGUACUUCGUGGUACAAACUACGCUUGUGCUGCUGAUGGAACAACAUUGACCCCUGAGGAGACUGAGUGGAGGAGGCAAGUUUUUGUAUCAUUAUGUGAGUACUUCUUGAAUACCAAAGAACUAGCUUAUGUGUUUGAGCUAUUGGAUAUAGCUGGAGAUGUUGGGGAGGUGAAAGCCUUGUACAAUCGACUCAUUCGUGGCCUAAUCUCAAAGAGGGAACUGAAUGAUGUCACCAUUCUUUUUAAUUCCAUGGAAGAUAAACGCAUUUCAUGGGAACCAUCACUGGUGAGAGAGUUAGUGAAAGGCUUUGGAGAGGCAGGAAAUGUUCGGCAGGCCCGGUUUUACUUUAAGAAGGGUAUGUACACAGGGGUAUAUCACAAUUCUUUUAGUCCAGUGAAUCCUUUUACAGUAACUGUGGGCGUCAGCUUUUCAGCUUUGGAAUGUCAGCUUUUCAUUGAAAGACACCUACAUUCUCUGAAAGAGUGCAUUGAUCGACAAGCGGAGUCUUCUGGUGGUAAUCCACUGAAUGACACAGAUUAUGGUCCACUUAAAGUCGUAGUGAAGUUAGAUGUGCCCAGUCUGUAUACCAGGGACAAGGGAAGUCAACCCGAGGAGGUCAUUUGGGCCAAGCUAGAAGAAGUUAGAGCUGUGUUGAAUGAUGAGUUCAACCCACCUCUAUCAUGCACAGCACAAGGCAAAGAGCUUUUAGUGAGUUCCUUGAAUCUCAAGAGAUGGUUCCGUGCCAACCCAAAAACUGGACGCUUCAAAGGAGGAAGCAGGAGUGCUGCGUUUUCUUCGGUUGAAAUGUAAACAAUCUAUUUGUUAACAGGGAAAUGUCAGGUAAUGGCAAUUUACUGGUCUCCAAGUUAACUUAAAGACAGUGGGCCAUUAUCAAAUCACGUACCUUGUUUGAGGGAUUAAAGACAGUUGUCCUCAUUUAUGGAUGUGAACACUGAUCCUACUUCAACUUAUAAUUUUUACCAUUUUUUGGCAGAUAAUGCAUUUUUGUUUGAAGUAUUUACGUUUGUUCAUGCGCUUUUACAUUAAGAAAACAAAUGUAAUUAUGCUACACUGAACUCUGCUAUCAAAGUUAAGACUGAUAUCCAUAUUGUAUCUGCAUGCAAGUAGCCACUGCAAUAGUUGUUUGUCAUUAAAUCCUUGUUCUGUUAUUAAAUCAUUUGAAUUUAACAUGA